GAGACCAUCGAUCUACUCAAAAGAACCACUCAUCGAGAAGCUGAAAACAGGUUUCUGGGUUCCGUACUCACCUUCAUUAUUUUUGAAAAACACACUCGUGUUUUGUUAGUCCAAUUGCAGUGACCUGCUUUAAGAUCAUUAACCUUUGUCAAACUCAUCAAGAUGGGAUUACUUGACUUGUUUCUGGUCUUUAGUCGGCUGGCCAAACCAACUGAUAAUGAAAGAAGUAGCAAGAAGAAAAGCAGCCGAUCUAAGUCUGCAAAGAAGGAUAAGACACAAGGGCUAAAGAAGAAUGACCUACAUCGUGCUUCUACUCCUGCCUUACCACGUCUUGCAAAACCGAAACUAGCGCCAAUUGAACUGGAUGAUUCAAGUGAUGAUUCGUCAGGAAUACAAGGCCAACCUAAAGAAAAGAAGAUAUCAUCCUCCUCAUCUAUAUCUAAAAGCCAAGCAAGAGAACUGAAAAAGAAAAAGUAUAAGAGCUAUAUCCGAACCCAAGGAAGUCUUGUGAUUAAUCCUUCAUCUGAAUCUGAAGAUAGCGAUGAUUAUCAAAAGCUGGUUAAUAAAAAGAGAACCUCUCCUCGUCUAGUUGAUCAAAAGACGCGAGUAUCGAAGAGUAAUAGCAGUAUACCGAAAGAUGCUGACAUUGUAUCAAUUUCAGAUAGUUCGCAUGAGGGAACAGCCGUUCAUGAUUCUAUUGUAGUUGAUUCUGAAUCACCUGAAAAUUCUGACAACGAAGAUCAGUCGAUUCAUAAAGGGCUUGAAACUAAUCGAACGAAACGUAAUCGAAAGCGUCGUGCUGGUAAGAAAAGGAAAAUGAUGAGACAGCUGGGUCGACUGAAAGAAGAGAAGAAACAAAAGCUCAAUGAAAGGGCAAAAAAUAAAGUAAUUGAUCCUGUCAAGAAUCAGGAAGAAUCUUUAUCUAAGGAAACACCAAAGAUUGAAUUUACGAUGCCUUCUGACCACGAGAGUGAUGAUUCUUCAGAGAGGGAGUUUAAAGAAUUGGGUAUAGUCAAUCGUACAAUUAAUAUCACCAGAAGAGCACAACCAGACAACACAGAACGAGGUUCUGAAGAACCAAAACAGUCCCAGACUGAACACAGUAUUCAGGCGGAUGAAAUGAGUGACCCCAUUGACGACUCGCUCAGUGAUACCAGUAGUGAUUCCAGCGAUGAUACUGAUGAACUUAUUGCUGAGCUUGCGGGCAUAAAGAAUCAAACCAUCGAAUUCAUUCCCAAAACCGAUACAAACACACCUAAAUCCCCGCAGAAAACUACAUCUCCCAUAGUCACGGCGCUUGAAGAGAGCUCUUCUGACUCAGACUACCCUGAAGAACUAAGGAAAGCUAAGUUUAAACCGAAAGUGCUCAACUCUUCGCCUAUCCCUCGUCGUUUUACAAAAGAAUCAACUGAGAAUACAAUCAGCAAGAGUCAAGAAGAUAAGAAUUCUAAUACGCUGUUUGCAGGCCAGGCAAAUAGUGCCACCUCAUCAUCCCCUUUGAGGUCGUCGUCAUCAUCCCCUUUGAGGUCGUCAUCAUCAUCCCCCUUGAAAUCCGACAGUCUGGAUUCAUCGUCUUUGUUGAAUUCGUCAUCAGAUAUCAAUAGUUCUUCAGAUGAAGAUACUUCUAGCGAUAAUCUGUCUUCAGAAAGUGAUUCUGAUGCAGCUGAGCUUGAAAUGGCCUUGAAAAAUAAAACGGAGAACAAAAUUAAAGACCAGUCACAAAAUCUUAGUGACACUUCUCAUUCGGACAAUGAUAUCAAUGAUUCCGAGAUUAUAAACACCGAGAUGGAUACCUCCGAUUAUUUCGAUGAUAGUCUACGAAAAGCAGCCAUGGAAUCGGUUUUGAAAACUAAAAGCAACAAUAUACCAACGUACGUAGGAAGAAGUGAAAGAAAAGAAGAAGACAUCAUCAAAAAAAUGUUGGCCCGUCGCUCUACCACGAGACAUCAGCUGCUGCCAAUGGCAGCUAAAACUAGCAAUAUUCUACCAGUAACAAACGAAGAACCAAAGAAUACCUCCGACUUACCAAACUUCAUUCUCCAAUUAGCUAAAGGAGACCACGAUUCCAAAAAAAGCAAAUCACGCAAGUAAGCCUCCAUCGAGAGACCAUUUAUUUAAUUCGAUUUAAUGAACUAGAACGAUUAUAGAGGAAUAACAUUAUGUAGAGAACUUUUCUAAUUGUUGCAACUUUUGACAUGGCGAGCAAAGCCCGUACCGAAAAAAAAAAAAAAUCACUAUAUAAAUAGAGGAAAGCGCCUUUUUGAAGCAAACACCGUCAUAUAUCCUUCAAUUAACCUUCAG